AAAAUUGACUGGAAUUCUAAGAAGCUCAAAAAUGGGCAACGUACAGACCAGGCAAUUCGAUGCCAGAGGCAUGGCACAUCGCCGAGGCAGUAUAUCAUGGAAUUUUCGUUAUCCAACCUCGAGACGCAAAGAUCAUCCCACUAUGAUGGUUUACAAUUCGAAGCUAAGCAUUGCCAAUUGGUUGGAUCUCUUGGACUUGCAACAAUACGAAACAAAUUUACAAAUGUAUAAUCGAGUGGAAGAUAUAUCAGAAUUGAACGAUAAUGAUCUCAAAAGAUUAGGCAUUCGUAGUGCUUCACAUCGAAAUAAGAUGCUAUCAAGUUUAGUUGGAGUUUUACAAGCUAAACGGAGACAAUCGAUGAACAUUGAAGUAUCAACUUUACCACGUACAACAACGAAGCGAAAAAAUUCAUGCCCACCAAUGUAUCUUUCUGACGUCGAUAAUUUUAAAGAGACAGGAUAUUCUCAAGGAAGUUGUGCAAGUUCCCGAAGUUCUCUAAAAUCUGUGAAAAGUGGAGCAGAACUAAAACGCAUAACUUGGAAUGAUAACAACGAAAUAUAUGAAAUAUUAAGACCAGCCUCAAGUAUUUCAAGAAGAACAUCAACUGCCAGUAGUGCUGCCAAUCUAAACAAAAUCAACGAAAACCUCAAUUUAAAUAGUUGUAACAUCAAUUGCAAUAUGGAUAGUAAUACUGGAUCUACUACGGAACCAACAAGCCUUACCACCACUAACGAACAGCAAGAAGCUAUAGCACUUAAGAAAGCCUUAGAGUGGGAACUCAGUUUAGAUUCAAGAGACUUAAAAUCGCAUGCCUGGUAUCAUGGACCGUUACCACGACAGCGUGCCGAAGAGAUAGUACAAUCUGAAGGAGAUUUUCUUAUAAGAGAUUGUGCGUCUCAACCUGAUAAUUAUGUGUUAACAUGCCGCACAAAAACUUCCGUACUACAUUUUGUUAUAAAUAAGAUCCUUUUGCAACCAGAAACAGUUUAUGAACGUGUACAAUUUCAAUUUGAGGAAGAUGCAUUCGAUGCUGUUCCUGACCUCAUCACGUUUUAUGUUGGUUCUGGUAAGCCCAUUUCGGCAGCAUCAGGUGCACGUAUACAAUUUCCAUGUAAUCGUACAUAUCCGCUCUCAUUUUAUGGCCACAAAAUAGUUGGAAACCAAUUGCACACACAAAUGUUAGCAGGCAUUCGGGGGACAAGUCCACUAAACUCACCACUUAGCAAUAACAGUAGCUUCCGGUUUGGUACAACAGCCGUACAACAAAUGCAACAACAGCAGGGACAACAGCACCAACAAACUAAUAGUCCAAUGUCUUCGCCUCCACGCGUUAAACGUGAUAUACCACCGCGCUUACCCUCGAAGAAGCAACGUUCACAAAGUCUCACACCGGCUCAAGCCAUGGUUGUGUCGAAUAUGAAGCAUUGUGAUAGUGGUGAUGAGAGCAAUAAUGGUGAUGCCAUAAUAAAUGGUAAUAGUGUUAGCUUUAAAGGCGUACGCCGUUUUAGUAACUUCGAGAAGUGUAACAGUCUUGGUGGGUCACCAAGUGAACAACAAUUGCAAACCGCACAUUUAGAACAUAUAAUGUCACACAAUAAAAUUCACAGUAAUGGCUUCCAAACUAUAGCACGUUGUUCGGCAAGUGAGAUAGUGGACCAUGUUAAGUUCACCACUCAUUCACUGCCACGACCUGCGACAAACUCUUUUCGUACGAAUACGACACGCAUAUCUGGUUUAGCACGUGACUUUAGCACUGAGUCUAGUUCCAGUUUAAACACCAGCUUAGACGGUAAACAAAUUCCAGAGUUACCAGAAAAAGCACCAAGUCCGCCUCCAAAACCAAAUCGUGUACCGCCGACUUUGCCACGCAAAGAAAAAGAUAUAAUAACACUGGAACAACAACAAAAUUCUUUGCAUCGAGCAGCUGCAGCAGCAGCUGCCGCUGCUGUUUACCAGGCAAGCGGUUCAGAUUCAGGCAACGGCUCAGGGGAUUCAGUACAAAGUUCGAUACCGGGUGAUAUGAGCGAAUUUACGUUACACCGUGGAGUUAUUAUUAAAAAUCCACGCUUUAUGAGUAACUCUGCGUCUUCUGCAACACUAAAAAGUCUAACCGAAUUCGACGCUGCUGCGGCGGAAGAUCAAUUAUUUACUUUGGAAAUACCCAAAUUUAAGCCUGUUUCGAAAUUUGAUAUUGAAAAUUUCAGCACAUUGCUGCUACCAUCUGUGGACAAUAAGCCAUUAGAUGGAGAUGCGUUAAGCACAUUCAAAAUGAUGCUAUUAGAGACUGGCCCCAAAAUGAUAGCAGAACACAUAACACGCAUUGACAUAAGUUUGCUACUCGAAGAGCUGCCUGAAGAGGAUGAGAAUUACGAGCAUAAUGUAUUAGAUUGCUGUGGUCUAGAAAUGCUAACUCUACCACAGGGUAAGGUCUUCCGACACGACCUCAUUGAGCGUACACAAUGUAUUAAGCUAAUGGUAGCUGUAACAAUACUUACAUGUCAAACUGAUUUGGAUCGUGCUGAAAUAUUAAGUAAGUGGAUACAAAUUGCUGUUGAAACAAAAACAGCCCUAGGUAACCUAUUCGGAUUUUGUGCCAUAAUGUUAGGAUUGUGCAUGCAACAGAUACAAAAACUGGAUCAAGCAUGGCAUAUUUUACGUCAAAAGUACACAGAUAGUGCAUUUACAUUCGAGGCGAAACUGCGACCAACUUUAAUAAGCAUGAAUGAAUGUUCUAACCCACAAGCACCAAAUACCACCGUUCCACACGUACUUCUCUAUGCUUUACUCAAAGAUCGGCAAGUAAUCGAUAUACUAAAUAUUAAUAGCACGAUUGAGAGGUCGUCUUUGUACAUGACCUGCAUUACAUCUUGGGAGAAUAAAGCUGAUGAUUUUGGCAUGUCUAUUAAUUUUCUUCAUUUGGAUUCAGCUCGAAAUUUUUUAGCGAACCUGACACUCUUUCGAAAAAAUGCUAAAAUUGUACUAGAGGAAUCCAAUUCACGUUUGGAUGAACUACUUAGUGAUGCGUUUAGAACCGAGUUCCACGUCAAAUUCCUUUGGGGUAGCAAAGGGGCUUUAGCGGCGUCAGAAGACCGUCACUCCAAACUAGAAAAGGUGCUAUCAUUAAUGGCUGAUAAGUUCUGUAACGUCGAUGGUAAUACAGCAGCAGCAUAAACAUCCUUCAGUUAUGUAAAUAGAAAAAAUUAAUUCCAUUUUUAUAUAUGCAAAAAAGAAACCAAAUCCAUUAGUAAUAUUACGCAUUAAGAAAGAUCUACAAUAUAAAUAACUACAAUAAAUCAAGUAUAAAUUUAUACAUGAUAUGAAUUUAUAUAUAUAGUAUAUACAUAUACAGCAAAAAUCAAAAGAUCUAUU